AUUAACCUAACAAUGGAGAGGCAUAAUUCUGUGAUGAUCAGCAAACAUUCCGAUAUGAAUCAGGCGAUUUUGAAAGCACGCAAACUUAAUGAACCUGUCCAGGAAAAUAACUCAAAUUUGAUGAUAAAGGAGGAUGAUCAUGAAGAACACCAGCAAGAGUCUGCACAAACUAAGCAGAAAAUUUAUUCAUUUCAUAGAAACAGGAAUGGAAAAGGAAGUUUUAAGUCUUAUCUUCAUCAAAGAAAUAUCAAGGUUAUUGAAGAAUUGCAGUCUUAUACUUCAACGAAAGAUAGUAUUGACAUUACAUCUCUGAAUAAAUCUCCAAGAAAUAGAGAUGAGAGGAAAGUGAAUCAUCAUCGGAUCAAUCAACUUUCUCAACCAAAGAGGAUUAAUAAUUAUAUGAUCAAAGCUGGGAUAAGAACCUCGAUGGAGAAAUCUUCAACACGUCCUGAACUACUAAAUUCUCCCAGAAACAUGUCAGGAAUUUACGACACAUGGACUAAAAAGAAUUCUCUGAAGCCUAAUAGGACACUUUUCUCAAAGCAAAGAGCCAGAAAACGCCAGAACGCAGUGCACCACGCUACAAUGGCUUUUGUGUAG